AUGAAACCCCUCACCUACCUCUCCCUCCUCCUCAGCAUCUCUGCAACCACUACCCUCGCCGCUCUCCGCCCAGACGCAACCCCCGAUGAGGUCGCCGCGGCGAAAGCUGAGUGCGGGUCCCUGGGUGUGAUGAGGAUUGACCCAGCAGAGCUGCCUGAGGGUGUUAUGAUGUCUGACGUCCGCAUUCUAGCUGGAGGAUAA